AUGUUUACCUUUUUUUACGUAUUUCUGGCUGGCUUUGCAACUUCUGUAGCAGUGACUAUCACUCUACCAGCUGGUUCAAUAAUAACUACGAUUGAGACCACAACAACAGUAUUGGAAUGUACAUUUACUACAACUGGUAUUGAUCCACUGAUUACAUGGUUCAAAGGAAGUAGUACAAGUCCAGGUGAAGGUACUACAGUUAUACAAGGACAGAAUGGUCAAGUUGCCAACUUUCCUGGAUUCACACGACAUGACAUUGAAGACGCAGCUAGUUUAGUUAUAACUGACACACAGUUGAGUGAUGCUGGUACAUAUUGGUGUGAAGUAUACGCUGAUGGUGAUGGUACUGACGAAAAAUUUAUUACACUCACAGUAACAUCUGCAACAGAACCAUCUGAACCAACGAUAAGUCUCACUGGCAGUAAUCCAUUCAAUGAAGGUGAUGUAAUUAUUAUGACAUGUGAAUCAACUGGUUCUCCUACACCUACUUUCAGAUGGUUGAGAGAUAACCAACCAUUACCAGCACUGGAUAGAUAUCAACUCACUAUGUCUGGGACUAUAUUAACUAUUAAUGCAAGUGAAAAAGACGAUAAUGGUAGAACUUUUACAUGUCAAGUGUCAAAUGUUAAAGGAAGUAAAACAGAUGAUAUUACUCUGAAUAUUAGAUAUUCCCCAGGUAAUCCUGUCUGCAGUUACAAGACUACACCAACACCUUCUCAUUUACUCGAUGAUGAAAUGAAAAUAAGUUGCCAAUCAACUGAUGGUAAUCCAUUGGCAACAUUACACUGGUAUCAAGGUAACAAUCAGAUUCAAGAUUUAUUGUCAUCAGAUGAUGAUGUCACAGUUACACUUGAUUACACAUGGAAUCUGGAUAAGGAUGAUAAUGGGAAAAUAUAUGGAGAUUAUAAUGGUAAAAUAAGGGAACAACAGAUGACAAUAUCCAUACAAGCAGAACAUAACAGUAAAUCAUAUCAAUGUCAAUCCAGUCACCCAGACGUUACUGGUCACGUGAUGUCUACUGUCAUUCAUCUUAUAGUGUAUUUUAAACCACCAUCAGUGAGUUUAAGUGGAUACAACACUGCAGUAAAGAGUGGUGAUAUGUUGACAUUAACCUGUGAAACUGAUAGUAGUAAUCCUGCAGCUGUUAUAUCAUGGUAUAAAGAUGGUGAUAUGUUCACUGGUAAUUCAGAUGAAACAAUAUCAGAUUAUUCAGAGAGAAGUGGAAAUAAUGGUGGUAGACUAAGACAACAAGAUUUAGAAAUAAGAUUACUACCAUCCCAUAAUAUGGUACAAUAUCAAUACACACCCAUUGCAGUGAAUAAAACACGGAAUGAACAGUCAAGAGCUAAUGAAGGGGAAACAGGAGAAUUACGAUGUCAGAUUAAUAGCAACCCUACCUCUACACUACAAUGGUUAAGUCCAAAUGGAUCUGUACUCGCCAGCAAUGAAAGAAUUACAAUAUCUAAUUCUACACAAGGAACAUUACAUGAAAGUAUAAUUACAAUUAGUAAUACAAAAUCUGAGCAUUAUGGUAACUACACGUGUGUUGCUGAAAGCGACUUUGCAAAUACAACAUUUAUUGUAAUAUUUCAAGGAAAAAACGACGCAGUUUUAGAUGAUAGAAGAUACGAAAAUGUGGCUGUAGACGGGGAUCCUCUGGUAGAAAAUGAAAUUGUGAAGGAAAUAGAAAUACUGCAAUCAACACGUGGGCACAGUAAUAUAAUUCGAAUACUUGGGUGUUGUACAGAAAUAGGUCAUAGUUUCAUAAUACUGGAUCAUUUAAAUGUCGACUUGAAGACAUUUCUCCAAUCGCAGCACACGUAUGAAGCCAUGGAAGCUCCGAAUAAAGGCCUGAUUUUAUUCGUAAUGGAUAUCGCAAAUGGAAUGGAGCAUCUGACUAGCUUAAAGAUAAUGCAUCGAUAUUUGAUUGCUGGGCAUGUGUUGAUUAGUGAUGACAAGAAGUGUAAAAUUUCUAAUUUUGGUUAUGCUAGUGACGUAAUAGACGACGCACGGUUCUUCGAGAAAACAAAGGGUAAUUUUCCGUAUCAAUGGAUGUCAGUCGAAACGCUGUUAAACAGACGAUUUACUCCCAAGAGAUCAACACCUUAUCACGGUACAAAAGAAGAAGAUGUGAAAGUGAUGGUAACUAAUGGGAAAGUAUUACCAAAACCUACUCAUUGUAGCGCUGCUACGUAUCAACUGAUGAAAUCGUGUUGGAAUCGUCAUCCUCGAGAUCGGCCGACAUUCACCCAAUUGGUCAAGUCAAUAAGGCCACUGCUGAACGAUAGAAAGGAACCCGAUAACUCGUUCAAUGUCAAUGUGUCUCCAUAUGCAAAUAUAUGA